UUUAAAUAUUGUGAUUAAUGUUUUGCGACUUGUUAAUGAGUUUAUACCAGUUUAUACGCAUUGAUUGCGUAUAUACUAUAUAUUUAUUAACGUAUAUUAUUAAUUUUCACUACUGUGAUUUAUCAAAUAAUUAAGAACUCAAAUACGAAUUCAGUAAAUUAACAGGUAUUUCCUUAAAUCAAAUUCAUUACAGGUUUGAAAGCAACGAUUAACAUAUUUCUUUAUGAGGUAUAAUAUAAUUUUCAUGUGACAUGUAAAAUGAAUCCUUUAACGAAUGUAAAAAAUAUAAAGAAGCUUGGAGAACAGGAAUUAUUAUAUGAUAGAAAAACAUCUUGGCAUGAUCAAUACAAAGACAGUGCUUGGAUUUUUAUUGGAGGUUUACCAUAUGAUUUAACAGAAGGUGAUAUUAUAACUAUAUUUUCACAGUAUGGAGAAGUAGUAAAUAUAAACUUAAUACGGGAUAAAGAUACAGGAAAACAAAAAGGAUAUGGUUUCUUGUGUUAUGAAGAUCAAAGAAGUACCAUAUUAGCUGUUGAUAACUUUAAUGGUAUUAAGAUUUUAGGUAGAACGAUAAGAGUUGAUCAUGUAGCAAAUUACAAAGCUCCAAAAGAUUCAAAGAAUAUUGAUGAAGAGACUAAACGAUUAAGAAAAGAAGGUUGUGCUCCGAAAAACACAUAGGGUAAUAAUUAUAAAUAAUCAUCGUUCAUCAUUUUUUCAUAUGAAAACUACAUUCACGCACCUAUUGUUGCGAGCGAAACGCUGAUAAUCUUUUUUUUUUAUCUUUAAUAAUUUUAUUUUCCGCUCUAAACUAAACGUUUUACAAUUAUUAUAUUUUUGGUAUUUUAAAAUAUUACAAAGACAAGUUAGAGUUAGCCCAACAAGAAAAUGAAUGAGUUGAUGAAUUCCGAAUGAACAAUGAACAAUAAUUAGGCGGUGUCUGGCCUUUUAUAGUAUCGCUUAUUUUCCUGGUUGAUUCGUGUGGUUGUUUACAGUUUCUCGCUCGUAAGAAUAUAAAUAUGUAUUUUAUGUUUAUCUGAUUAUUUAAACAUAUUUGUUAAGAGAAGUGCGUAUUUCAUAAUUACAAAUAAAACAUUUUUCAAGUUUUUUAUAAAAUAUUUAUUUGUAAAAAAUUAUUACUAAAAUUAUAAAUAUGAAUUAAAUUUUCGAACUAUAUCCAAUCGUAUAUACAAGAAAUGAUCAAAUAAUAUGAGUGUUUUAAAAGUAUUUAAUAUUUUGUAAUUAAAAUAAUAUUAUGAUGCUUUUGAUUUAUAUUUCUUGUAAAGUAAGUAAUAAAAGGGUUAAAAACA